AUAAUAUUUAUUAUCCUCCAUGAAAAUAUCAAUAACCUUAUUGUUAUUCUUUGUUACACUAAAAUGUUCUCUAAUCCAAACUUUACAACACCCUUUAGACCCAUUAAAUCCAUUAGAAAUCAAUGAAAUGAGAAAAAUCAUACAAAAGUCCCAUCUUAAAACACUUUCAAAUCUAACAUACCACUUCGUAGACCUUGAUGAGCCAAAUAAAAAUGAUGUAUUAUCAUAUCUAUUAUCUCCUAAAAACACAAAACCCUUGACCCGUCGAGCCAAGGCAAUAGUCAUAAGUCAGGGAAAAAUCCAUGAACUCAUCGUAGAUCUGUCAAAACAAUUGGUAAUAUCAGACCAUAUUUAUAAUGGUCAUGGUUAUCCUUCCUUAACGUUCGAGGAGCUACUCCAAGCCGUCUUACUUACCCAAAAAUACCCUCCAUUCCUAAACUCACUCACAAAAAGAAAUCUAAAUAUAUCCCAAGUUUCAUGCUUGCCUCUUACAAAAGGUUGGUAUGGUGAAAGUACAUCUAAAAGGGGAGUAAAAAUAACAUGUUUUUAUAGAAAUGGAACAAGUAAUAUAUAUGCUAGACCAAUUAAUGGAAUAACCAUAUUAUUUGAUCUUGAAUCAAUGAAAGUUUCUAAAUAUAUAGACCGUUUUAAAGCACCCUUACCAAAAUCAGAAGGGACGGAUUUUCAUUCAAGAUCAAUAAAACCUAGUCCAAUUUUUCCUAACACAACAAAUAAUAAAUUAAUUAUCAAAAAUAAUAUAAUUAAAUGGGGAAAUUGGAAAUUUCAUGUGGGAUUUAAUUCAAGAGCAGGAUUAAUUAUUUCCACAGCUUCAAUAUUUGAUAAAAAAGAAAAAAAAUAUAGGAGAGUUUUAUAUAGAGGGCAUGCUUCAGAAACAUUUGUACCAUAUAUGGACCCCACAGAAGAUUGGUAUUAUAGGACAUUUAUGGAUGUGGGUGAAUUUGGGUUUGGAAAAUCAGCAGAUAGUCUUCAACCACUUGUUGAUUGUCCAGGAAAUGCCAAGUAUAUUGAUGGGUAUUUGAUCGAUGCUUUUGGGAUGCCUAAUUUGGUUCCUAGGGCUAUUUGUAUUUUUGAACGUUUUUCUGCUGAUGUUGCUUGGAGACAUACUGAAAUUGGGGUUCCUGGAAAAGUGAUAAGAAAUGGAGAGCCGGAAAUUACACUUGUUGUAAGGAUGAUAGCUACUGUUGGAAAUUAUGACUAUAUUCUUGAUUGGGAGUUCAGGCAGACCGGUUCAAUCACUGUUGGGGUCGGGUUAACGGGAGUGCUAGAAAUGAAGGCAACGUCCUACACAACAACGGACAAAAUCAUCGAAGAUAACGUUUACGGAACAUUGGUUUCACCUAACACAAUCGCCGUUAACCACGACCACUUCUUAACCUAUUAUCUCGACCUCGACAUUGACGGCGAUCGUAACUCCUUCAUCAAGUCGACGUUACAAACGGAGAAAGUCAACGGGUGUGAUCACUCUCCUAGGAAAAGUUAUUGGAAGGUUAAAAACCAAGUUUUGAAAAGAGAAGCCGAUGCAAGAAUACGGCUCGGCUCGAAGCCAGCCGAGCUGAUGUUUGUGAAUCCUAAUAAGAAAACUGAUGUUGGAAACUUGGUGGGUUACCGGCUAAUAACAGGACAACCGGCUUAUUCACUGCUUCUUGAUGAUGAUUAUCCUGAGAAACGGACGUCUUAUUUGAAGUAUGAGAUAUGGGCUACUUCUUAUGAUAAGUAUGAAAGGUGGGCUGGUGGGUUUUAUGCGGAUCAAAGCCAUGGUGAUGACGGCUUAGCCGUAUGGACUCAAAGGAAUAGAAGAAUAGAAAAUGAAGAUAUAGUAUUGUGGUAUACGAUGGGAUUUCAUCACGUUCCAUGCCAAGAAGAUUUUCCCAUAAUGGCAACCUUGCGAAGCAGUUUCGAGCUUCGUCCUACUAACUUUUUCGAUAGAAAUCCACUUACUCCUUAAAAUAUCCUUAGUCAAUAUUCUAUUUGAUUUUAUG